AUGACUCCUCGGCGAAUGACAAGGGCAAGAAACCCGUCUGGCCUCCCAGAAGCAACCGAGUACGACGAAAAUGACCCUGGUGAGGAGUCUCAAGAGGAAGUCACAAGGUGUGUCUGUGGCUUUGACGAACUUCAGAUCCCUAAAAAUGCGCCUGAGUUCAAAGAGGUCGAUACUGGAUUCUUCAUACAAUGUGAGGAAUGUUCUGCGUGGCAACAUGGUUAUUGUGUGGGCAUAGCCGACAACGACGAGGCCCCUGCUUCGUACUGGUGCGAGCAGUGCAAGCCUCAGUUGCACACGCUAUUCGAGGAUAAUUACGGAGUCACGCGGAGCUGGUAUAACCCUGAUGGAGAACACAAGGUCAAAAGAAAGAACAACAGGAGAGCGCCUCCCAAGGUUGUGGAGAUCAAGGAAGAAAGGAGAGAGAGGGAAGGAGAGGAUAAAAAGGUGAAUGGGCAUAAGCGAGAGAGAUCUCGUAGCACAUUAAAUUCCCGCGAUACCGAAUACGAGCUGAAUUUGAAACGAGCUCUAGAGGAGAGUGCGAAAGAAAGCGGCGUCCAGCCUGAAGAAAUCGAGCUGUCAGCCUCUGAGAUUCGCGAGAUCAGAUCACGCACACGAAGCCACGAUCCUAGAGGCGAGAGAUUUCACGAUUUGGGGCUAGAAGACGAUGAGGAUGGUGGGGAUGAAGCUGGGGACGAGGAGGCCUCUGGAAACGCAGAAGGCGUGGAAGAGGGUGUUGAUGCUGAGGCUGAAGAGGAUGAGGCCACAGAUAUACAGCUCGAAAAGGCCUCGGGCAAAAAACGAAGGGCCGAUAGCGAUUCCGAAACUGUUCCAGAUCCAAAUGUCUCACGGGAAAAGGAGGCCAACGAGGAUAAGAAAAUUAUACCUCCGGUUGAACGAUCAGGAACCAAUACCGAAGACGGUUUCGAUGUGCCUGCAGUUGUCAAACAGCAUCCCAAACGCAAGAAGCCCAGUCCACCAUCCCAAGAAAAUGGCUCUAGAACAUCACCCAGGAAGAACGGCUCUAAAUCCAAGAAAGGAAAGUCUGAGCAACUCGAUUCGGACAAGCCUUUCAAGCCUCGCGUUCCCCAACAAAAAUCAACUAUCGGUGAAAUGCGCAAACGAGUUGCUGGAAUCCUGGAGUUUAUAGGAAGGACCCAAGUUGAAAUGGCCAGUGAGCAGGAACAGAGAUCACAGCUAACGAGGUAUGUCGAAGAUAAGUCCUGGGAGGUGUUGAACUCGGAUGUUCAGAGACAGCUUGUGGAUGGGUAUUCGAGUACAGUUGGGAAGAUGGACGAUUUGACUAGGAAACUACUUGGAUGGGAACAGAAGUUUGGCAAGUAUGGAGAUCGUCAUGCGUGA